AUGCCGCGCCCUGCUAAGACUGCGGCGGCCGCUGAUGCUGCUGGCGAUGGUCAGCCUUGUGCCUCUGCGGGCACUAUCAACGGCGUCAUUCCGACUGCUAACGACAUUAAAUUUAUUUUCGCCUUCAUCGGUAACCUCAAGUCCAAGCCGGAGGUCAACUGGGACGAGUUGGCCGCCACCAUGGGCAUGGGUGGCAAGAAGAGCGCCACCGAGCGCUGGCGUCUGAUGCGUCAAAAGUUCAACAUCACCCUGGCCGAGGAGGCCGAGGCUCCCGGCAGCGCCCGCAAGGGUGGCAAGAAGGCGACCACCGCCAAGGCCGCCACCAAGACCGACAACGCUGAUGAUGACGACGAGUACAACGACAAGGAGACCGAGCCGAAGUCCGCCCCCGCCACUCCGGCCAAGCGCGGCCGCAAGCCGGCUGCUGCGUCCGCUGCCGCCACCCCCCCUUCCGCCACCCCCGCUUCCGCCGCCGGCAAGAAGCGCGCCGCUGCUUCCACCGCUGGUGAAGGCUCGUCCCCUGCUGCUAGCGACGAGGACAUGGCUUCCCCUACCAAGAAGGCCAAGAGCUCGACUGCAAUGGAGGUUGACUCGCCUCUGUCUCCGGUUCCGAGCAUGAUUGCGGAUGAGGACUCGGGUGCUGACAUGGCGGUGGUGUAG